UGAAAGCUCGAAAUACUGUUUACCUGAUUUUAAAAUGGUAGAUAUUUUAAAAGCACUUUGUAAAUAGAGUAUACGUGUUAGAAAUAUUUAAAUCAUUAUUUAUAUUUAAGUCGAUAUUUAUUAUCAUGAGUUGGAGUGAAGAAGAAUGGAAAAGCGGACUUUCUUUUAAUGCGUUAGAAAAAAUCACAUUUUUGGAAGAAUCUGUCGAAAGUUAUCGAAAAGAAAUCAACCAGUAUAAAUACAAAACAGAAAAUCUAGAGCGGCAACUCGAUGACACUAAAAAAAAACUUGAAGAUAUAAAUAAAGAAAAAACAAAUUUAGAAAGAAAUUUAUCAGAUCUCCAUGUAAAAUAUGAAAAAGAACAAGAAAAAUCUAAACGAAUGUAUGCUAGCUUUAAUAAAAAAGAAACGAUUAUUCACGACCUUAACGAACGGGUUGUUAGCUUAAAGCAAGACAAUGAUAAAAAGUGCAGACAAAUUGAAAAACUUGAAUUUCAGUUAGAAACUUUGAACUCAAAAUACAUUGAUAAUGACUUAAAAGCUAAAGAAAAUACGAAUCGAUUUAACCAAUCAUCGGCUAAUAGUAUCCAAAGAAUCGAAGAGCUAGAAGAGCGAAUUCAGCGACACGUUAAAGAGAAUAAAGAUCUUCAAGAAUCUAAUGAUGAAAUAAUUAAAGAAUCUUUUGAAAAACAGGAAUGUUUAAAAGAUGAAAUUGAAAAUUUGAAGAUUCAAAUUCAACGGUUAGAAAAUAAAUGUGCAUCACUUGAAAGGGCGAACGGAAAUGCGGUUUUCUCUAAAAGCAUAGCCGAAGCUAAAGAUCAGGUUAAAGAUACUUAUUUGGAGAGAGAUGAUCUCUUUAUGAGAAACAAAGUCCUUCAAGAAGAGGUUCAAGCUUUGAAAAAAACUUUGCGCGAAAAAAACCUGUCAUGGUAUAUAGAGGGAAAUAAGUGUCAUACGCGAAGUCUUUGUUCGUGCUCUGAAAAUUUGAAGACUAAUAACAUCAGUGACCUUACCAACCGUGUAGAUUCUGGACUUUGUCAUUCCCAUGAAGUUCUUUUAUCUAAAGUGGAAUCUUUAAACUCUGUAGAGCUAGCUCAAGUUGAUCACGAUUUUGAAAGCCAAGUCUAUGUUCAAAUUAAUGGUGCUGCUUUACCCUUUAAUGAGAGAUUUUCCUCUCACAAGAAUUCUGAUGCUUUUGUUGAAAAAUCUGCAGACGUUUGUAUGUCUGAAAAGGAAAAAUUAAAACAUGAAAUUGAACAAAUGAAAGACAUAUAUAUAAAUCACAUGCGUGUUUGUAAUUCUACGGCAAAGAAACAAUCAUCAAUAAAUAAUGCAAUUGAUCAAGAGAACGAUUCAAAGCACGACGAAAGGGAUCAUAAGGUGCAAGAACUAGAGCAAAAACUAAUUGAUGAGAAAAGCCAGUGUUUAAGACUUCAAGAAGAAUUGAGUACUCGUUGCAGUGACGUAUUAACUACAAGACUUGAGAGCAUUGAAGAAACAGUUAAAUGUUUACGAAAUCAAUAUCGUGACGCAAAGGAUAAUGACAUAUUGACUGCUGUUAUCAAGCAGUUUAGUACUGAUAUCACUGAAAAUUUUCUUCAUGUGCAAGACUUUAUUCAGAGCGCACAUAGUAAGACUCGCGAGAAAAUUAUUGCCUACUUCGAAAAAACGAAUUAUCAAAAAGUAAACAAAACUCCAACUAGAGAAUUAAAAAAUGAAAAUGAAUUUAUUCGUGUGGAAAGUAGAGUCAACAAAAAAAGAAAUUUUAUUGGCGAUCUAGAAAAUAUGAAAAACUCUCUAAGCAGCAUUCAGCAAAAUAUACACGGAUACGAAUGUCAAGUAAGCACCAUCGAAGAAGAGAGAGAUCGUUUCCAUGAAGAACUUGUCAAAAUGGUCGAGGUUAUGCAACAUAAAGACGAAGAAAUUGUAAAAUAUAAAUGUAUGUACGAAGCCGAGAAAGUAAAAGUUGCUGAUAACGAUUCUUGCUUUAAACGAGAGAUGGAAGCGCUAAAAACAGAACAACUUGAAAUUUACGAAGAAUUUCGAGAAAUGUGCGAUAAUCUCAAAAAAAAAGACGUUGAGCUUCUAAAUAAAACAAAAGAAAUAAAACUAAAAACUAAGGAAUGGAGAGAAAAAGAAGAUUCUCUUAACGAAAACAUCUCAUCGUUGCAAAAUGAAUGCUCCCAGAUUACGCACGAUAAAGUUCGUAUAGAAAACGAACUUGAAGUAAAAAGUAAAGAAGUUACUAGUUUAAUAAAAAGAGUUCACCAUUCUAUUGAUCAUAUAAAACAUCUUUUUGAUUGCUUGUCAAGAGUUGAAAAAAUGUUUCAAGAUGCGAAGAAAAAAGGUUUAUAUCCAUAAACAAUUUAUCAAUGUCAAACUUGGUUAUGUCUUGCAGUUUUAUCUUUUUUUAAAUAAAUUAAAUUUAAUAGGUCACUAAAAAAAUUUUUUUGUAAAAUAAACAUGCACUUAACAGUGCACGGAUCUAUAAUACUACAUAUAAGUCGGUCGUCCAAAAUGAAAUAUAUUACUAUUAGGGUCUAUCUUACUUUUCAUUUCUGCAAAGUAAAUAUUUUAUCCGGCUUUAUUAUUACCGGCAGUUACGAAGUUGUUGAUGAGAUAAAUUAACCGCAAAAAUGUCCGAGAGCAUUAAAGACGAUGAUUAGGUAAAAUAACUUUUUC